AAGCCCAAAUGAUGGGUAGCCCAAUAAGCUUCACCACCAAUGACAAUGAGAUCUAAUUCGAAACUAAGCAUGCACGUGUCACUACCUCACCAAACCAACUCCAUGCAAACCUGACACGCCCGCGUAACACUCUUCUCUAUUACCUCAUCGUCCGACAAGUGUCUUGUCUCGCUUCUCCCUUAUAACUCGUUACACCACACAAAUCACAAAUAUACAAAAACACAAAACACAACACUACAAUUCAUAAUCUCUUCAGCAAAAAAAAAAAGCAGAUAGAACAAAAGAAAACAAGAAAAUGGCUGAUCAUAAUCAUCAACAACGUCAUCACCAACAACAACAACCAAUGUUACGUAACCUCCACGAGUCAGCACCAUCGACAAGGCAAGUAGUGAGGUUCCUAACAGCAGCUACGAUAGGUCUCUCACUCCUUGUACUCUCAGGACUAACAUUAACCGGAACGGUGAUCGGUUUGAUCGUGGCGACACCGUUGAUGGUAUUAUUCAGCCCGGUGUUGGUUCCGGCGAUGAUAACGUUGGUUCUUUUAACUGCGGGAUUCUUUUUCUCUGGUGGUUGUGGGGUGGCUGCAGCGACGGCUUUGACGUGGAUCUAUAGGUAUGUUACCGGAAAACACCCGAUGGGAGCGGAUAAAGUGGAUUACGCGAGGAUGAGGAUAUCGGAGAAAGCUAAAGAGUUGGGACAUUUUGCUCAUCCGCUAACACACCAAACCACAACAACAACUAAUCAUUAAGUAGAGUUACUAAUAAUGAUAUGAAUCUUGAUGUUAUAUUAUAAUAUCUUUUUAUGAUUAUCUUAUCUUACUUGUGUGUGUUUUUUUUGGUACUGUGACCUUUCUUUUGAAAAAAAGAUGUAUGUGUAAUGUUCUUACUUAAUUACUUAUAGUUUUUAUUUUUGUGGCUUAA